AUGACUGAAUCUCGCGACGGCCGAGGCUACAUUGACGAAGCUGCGCCUGCGCCUGCCGCAGUGCCGGACGGGGCGUAUGAGUCUGGCUCCAGUAUUGAGGAGGAUGUCACCGAGGAGAGUCUGGCGGAAUCGGAGAGCGAGGGGGAGGAGUGGGAUGCGCAGGGAGAGGAUUGGGAUUUGGCUACUGGAGACUUUACCAAGCAGUACAAUCGGAUGCGACAGCAAGCAGUGGGGACCGCAGUGGGAGCCAUGUUGCCCGCGCGAAAUCAAGCUCGAGCCGGCGGGGUGGCACUCAAUCCUAAAAAGGCAUCUGAUUCACACGAUAAGGACAAGAGCGACAGGGCGACCUUGGAGCAGGUGCUCGACUCGCGGACGAGGCUGGUAUUGACUGGCCUUGUCAAUCGCGAUGUCAUUGGCAAGAUCAAUAGGUGUAUCAGUACCGGUAAAGAGGCAAAUGUAUAUCACGCCUCUCCAUCGUCCAGCUCGUCUUCGCCGCUAGCUGUCAAGGUGUAUCGUACCUCUAUCCUGGCGUUUCGCUCGAGACAAUCGUAUAUGGAUGGGGAACAUCGGUUCCGCGGCGAGUAUACGUCUUCCCGGAAUCCACGGAAGAUGGUUCGCGUUUGGGCUGAGAAGGAGAUGCGGAAUCUGAGGCGGUUGGAGCAGGGGGGCGUACGCUCGCCAAAGGCUAUCGAGGUCAAGCAGAAUGUCCUGGUGAUGGAGUAUUUGGGUGUUGGAGAAGAGCUGAUUAGGGCUUCACCACGAUUGAAAGAUGCGGAACUGUCCCAGGAGCGGUGUCAGGAGCUCUAUGCUGAGCUGCUGGUGAGCGUGCGCUGCAUGUUUCGAGAAUGCAAACUGGUGCAUGCGGAUCUGAGCGAAUACAACUUAUUGUAUCACCAAGACCAUAUUUUCAUUAUCGACGUGUCUCAGUCGGUCGAAGAGGACCACCCACGCGCUUUCGACUUUCUUCGCCAUGACAUUGGAAAUGUCGAGGCGUUCUUCAGCAAGAAGGGUGUCAAGACGUUGGGAUCGAAGCGGGCCUGGGAGUUUAUCACUGGAUCCAAGCACGAGAAUGCGGAAUCCAGCGUGAGGGCUUUGCUGGAGGAACCGCACGAUCCUAUCGAUGAUGCGGUGUUCAUGGCGUCAUUCAUCCCGAGGAGUCUUGGCGAGGUGUAUGAUCCGGAGCGGGAUGUGGGUUUGGUGAAUGCGGGGCGGGGAGACGAGUUGAUCUAUGCGGAGAUGGCUGGAUUGGGGGUGGGGUCGAAAGUGGAGGCACCAAUAACAGGCGACGCUGUCGAAGUCGAGGAUGAAGCGUCGAGCGACGGCGAUGUCGGCGAAACACGACCACGCGGCUUUCGGCAUGAAGAUAGGGACGAUAAGAAGGAGCGUAAAAAGGCAGUCAAGGAGGAGAAUAGGGAGAAGCGAAAGACCAAGAUGCCCAAGGCGGAGAAGCAGCGGUUGAUAAAAAAGAAGGCAGCCAAGUAG